CUCCUAUAAAUGGCUGAAUGGUCUUUCGGUACCUCUCAAAGAAAGAGAGCAGAUAAAAAUGUGGAAUACCCAGGACCUGGAUCAUAUAGUCCAAGUUUAAGGCAUCAGCAAGCUAAACCAUCUUGGAGUAUGGGAAAGCCACCGAAUUAUAAAUUAAGUAAAGGAGCUUAUCAAUUUUCACCUGGGCCUUCUGUAUAUAAUGUCACCAAUAUGCCUGCUAGAACUAUUUAUCUAAGUAAUGUGAGAAAUAUUUAUCGUAGCUCAUCAAAAUCUCCAGAGAAAUUAAAUGCAACAUUCGAGUAUGCUAGGAAGUGUAGAAAAUCUGAAUUUAGAAAAUUUGAUAGUCCUUUCAGACCAUCUGAGACCUUGACUAAUAUGAAAUUCAGAGAAUCUGGACCGUAUUUUGGAUCAUCUGGCCGUAAGCCUUUAAAUAUUCAAGAGAAGCUAGGAUUUCCAGGUCCUGGUAGUUAUAAAAUUAAAGAAAAAUUAACUCAACCAAAGUGUAAAGAUAUCAACUUUGGAAUCGGAUCCAGAUCAUCUAAAUUUCUUAGAACUGGAGGUAUCAGUCCAGGGCCUGCUAAAUACAAGCUCAAGCCUCUCAUUGGCAAAGCUCUUAUGAAAAGAAAGAGAAAAACAGGUUUGGAAUCUCCAUUUUUGUCAACAAGCAAAAGGACGAAUUCUGUAUUUGCAAUGUCUGGAGAAACCAACAUCAUAACGCACUAAAAUUUCACUGCA